CAUACCUGCUGGUCAAAUGCAGUGCAGUGAUUUCCCUCACAGGACAAACAUUUGAAGAGUCUGAAAACAAACAAGCAGGAAAAGCAAAAUUAAAGGUAGCAAAAUAUAUUUUCCUCAGUAUCAGUAUCACCAUUACUCAGCGUCAAAGUCAUGGUUCAUGGGAAGAAGUUGGCCAAGGAGACACUGCUGCCGUCUGUGCUGGAAGACGAUGACGCAGAAACACAAAGUGAGAAGCUGCAGCUGGGAGAGCAGAGAGUGAGCCGGACAGAGGUCGACAUGCGUGGGCCAAAGGACAAACGCACAAGUCCUGUCGGGAACAUGCUAGAUAGAGGUGAAAGAGAGGGUGAAGAGGAAGAAGAGGAGGAGGAGGAGGAGGAGGAAGAUAAUGAAGAGGAGGAGCUGGGAGGAGAGGAGUGUGUGAUCUCUGAUGAGGACUAUGACACAGAUCUGGAGCUGGGAGAUAAGGAGGAGGCGUACGACCCGACGGGGCAGACGUGCUACAUGGAGGCGUGUAAAGUGUUACAGGUUGUACCUGCCUCAUAUUUCCUGCGGCACAUGCAGAAUAGCAAGCUCUCCAUGAUGCAUUAUGGUCUGGGGCCUCAGGGCACCAAAGCACUGGCAGUUCCCCUGGUAACCAACACUUCAGUACUGAGGCUGAACCUGCGAGAUAAUUGGAUGGAGGGAAUGGGCGGAGCUGCUAUAGCCGAGAUGUUAAAGGAAAAUUGUUAUAUUACAGAGGUGGACCUAGCCGACAACAAUCUCGGGGAUUAUGGGGCCAGAGCCAUCGCUGAGAUGCUUAAGGAGAACAGCACCCUGGUGAGCCUUAAUCUGUCAGGAAACCAUUUCGCAGACCGCUCAGGCGAACACCUUGGCCCAGCACUGAUCACCAACGCCAAGCUCCAGCACCUGGACCUCAGCCACAAUGCUCUGGGAGAGCGCGCAGGGAAAACCCUCGGAGACUCUCUGUCAGAGAACACAGGGCUGAGAUCACUAAGUCUGGCCUGGAACUGCAUUCGAGGGAGAGGAGCUGUGAUGUUAGCCAAUGGCCUCGGGGGAAACAUUUUCCUCCGAACGGUGGAUCUGUCAUUUAAUGGCUUUGGCAGAGAAGGAGCCAUUGCUCUGGGACAGGCUCUGAAAGAGAACGCUGUUUUGGAGGAGUUGAAUGUGAGCAACAACCGAAUACCCCCUGAAGGAGCUCUCCGCCUUGCCAUGGGCCUCAAAGUAAACAAGACAAUCAAAUCCCUGAACAUGGGUAGGAACCCCAUUCAGACUGCUGGGUGCUACGGGAUCCUCAAGUCUGUACAGGAAAACCCAGAUUCAGCCGUGGAGGCAUUAGACUUCUCGGACAUCACAGUGAACCAGGAUUUUGAAGAUCUGUAUACGGCAGUGAAAGAAAUAUUCCCUGCGCUUACAGUAAAUCACGGGGGCAGAAUUGGCACAUUCAGAAAAGCAAAAGCUUGAAAAGUGUUACUGUAAUUGCUGUACUUUUAUGCCAGAGAAGAUGGAAGGAGUCUUGUCAAAGCCCUGUGGACGUUUUCAUCCAUAGAUGGAACGAAGGAUGGAUACAUGGAAGGAUAUCAUUUUAAAAAGAUGUCACUUUUUUAAAAAAGAGCCGUGAGAGCAUGUUCCGCUGAAUGAAACGUAUUUAUAUCAAAUAAAACUUGUUAAAUACGCAAUCAAUUUAAAAUAAAGAUUAUUCAGAGAGAGUCUGUUCACUUUAUCAAAUGAAACAGUACGUACUCUGCAUGCCUGCCUGCCUGAAAUAUAGUGUUGUUAAAGUCAUUGAACACAGGCAUACAAUACAGGUAUUGAGCAUGAUUCUUUUUAGGUAUGAUCUGAUUUGAUGUUAUAUAAUGUCAGUGGGUAGAAUGAUGGAGAGGAUCAGAGAGCACCGCAUUGUGUAUGAAAAGAAGCGAAAGUGGGUUGCACAAAAAGGAUUUAAGUACUGCAUGACUGGUCUAAUAGAGAAACCAGCUUUGAAAGAAUGAUCCAGUGUUAGAUAAGAGACCUGUUUACUGCGGCAGGACGACUCGAACACUGCUAGAUACAGUAAGCUGUCAUUUAGACAUGUGUAUCAUACACCGCCAAA